AUGGGAAUUUCCGGUUUACUACAAUUUCCACCAGUAAAGCAAGUGACAGUAGAAGAACUGCUAUCAAAUUUUUCGAGAAAAACAGCCGCCGUUGAUGUUAGUGGCUGGAUACACAAGGCAUUGUCAAUCACGGCUUUUGGUGACUAUGACAGGUAAAUAAUGUUUUGCAUCUUUCGUUGUUGCAUGCUGACUUGCUGAGGUACUUAAAUUUAUUUGCAUAUUUGCGUUGCUUAUUUGCAUAUAGUUACACGAAGCAUGUGUGGAGAUAUGUCUGUCUCCUUGAACGCAAUGGGGUCAUUCCUAUUCUGGUGUUUGAUGGGCAAAACUUCGAAGCAAAGUUGGAAGAAACUGAUAAACGAGAGAGGUAAAAUUCUAUUUAACACAGUAUUAUUGAUGUAAUAUUUUAAUUAUAAAGCACAAAUGUUAAAAUCUUGUUAUUAUCUUUUGUAUUAAAAUACUUUACUUAUAUAUGGGUACACUACAGUAUAUAAUCGAUUAUCAAUGCAUAAAUAUAAAAUGUUAUCGUUAUUAUAAAAAUUUGAAAGUGGCAGUAUAUACCUUUUGAGAUUAUUUACAUGUACUGUAUUUAUUACAUUAUUAAUCAGCAGAAAAUUAUUCCAUGAGUUCAUAACUGGAAUGAGAUUUAUGUAUAUAUAUCCACAUCUAUUUCAUGUAUAAGCAUUAUAAAAUGCAGCCUAGUUAUGAUGAGUAAAAUCAUCUGAAGAGUGAAGUAACUUAGCACUUGGUGUAUGUUAGACAAGUGCUGAGCAAUCCAAAUACAAAUGUUGGGUGCAGGAAUUACAUGCCUACUACAAAACCAAUAGACCCCUCGCCUUGACAUGCAAAAGGUAUAACCCUUUCACUCAUGAACACAACAUUUACUGUGUUUAUAUAUAUUACUCUGUCAAAUGCCAGACAAAUUUACUCAUCAAGGGGAGAGACCCAGGAAAUUAGGUUUAAAAAUUAAGUCUACUCCGGGGGGUUCCCUAUGUAGUAAAAUCGUCUGGCAUUAGACAGAGUAAACUAAUAAAGUAGGGCGCAUCAGGGCGCAAUGUGACUCAAUGGGUUAACAUUAUUUGCAUGUUUGUCUGCCAAGGGCAAAAGCAAUGGGUCUAUUAAUUAAUACAUAUAUUAUAAAUUGUUUGUAGGGAAAGACAAAAGAGGAUAGAAAAGGUUGCAAUUUUGGUGAAAGAAGGAAGAAUGGACGAUGCAAACACACUCAGAUGUUCCACAGCUGUCUAUGACAAGGAAUUGCAUAAAAGAUUGAUAAUGGUAUGUAAAAAUGAUAUAAUGCCCAAUUACUUGUUAUUUACAUUACGAGCAUGCAUUAAUGUUCCUGAUUUAAGAUUAUUAGUAAUUUACACACUAUGCACUACUAAUAUUAUAUGUUAUGACAUUGUACUAAUUACCUUACAAAAUAAUAUUUUCUUGUGCAGAAAUGCAGAGAAGAAAAUGUGUUGUAUUGUGUUGCUCCAUAUGAGGCAGACCCACAAUUGGCAUUCAUGGUCGCUUCUGGUUUGGCUGAUUUUGUCAUAACAGAAGAUUCAGACCUACUCGCUUAUGGUUGCCCACACACAAUAUUUAAAUUAAGGUUAACAGGGACAUGUCAAAGUGUGCAUCUUUCAAGAAUUCUGGAAUCUCUAGGGAUUUCUAAAGAAGAAUUCACAGAUUUAUGCAUCCUGGCUGGUUGUGACUAUUGUAAACUACCUGGUGUGGGUAUUAAUAAAGCCCAUGCUAUUUUAAAUGCUGCUGCUAAAAAAGAAGGUGAUUGUAUUAAUUAUGUGGAACAAAUGUUUGCAGAAAAGGUUGAAAUUUAUGCCUAUAAAAAGAAAUUUCUGGUUGCUAGAGAUUGUUUUGCACAUGCUAUUGUGUUUGAUGUUUGCUCACUUAAAGUCACCAGGCUGAAUAAACAUGAAUCCAAUCAUAUUUGUUGUAAUGAAUAUGGAAGGUAUCCUUUGGUACUACAUGAUGGGUAUUUUUGCACCCACCAUGCAACUGUAUUUUAUUUCCACCUAAAAUUACCAGUAAAACAUAAGGUUUAAGGUCUGGACAUGUGUGGUUAUAUACCUGUGGAUAUAGUAUUACAUGUACCUGGUAAAAGGAAAUAUUCUUAUAUUGAAUUGGUGCAAUUACAAAACUGAUACAUAGUUAACCUAUUGCAAAUGAAGUUGUUCACCAAGUUUUUCAUUGUGUAACUAAUACUGAAUUUUCCAUAGAGCGCCACACCGGAAUUGUGGGGCAGCAGGUUUGAGUUACAGUUGCAUUUUCACUUAAUUACUGCUCCCAGUUUGACUUUAUUAAAAAUUGUGUGAAAUAAAGUUUCAUUCAAUUGCCACCUCAGGAAAAUUAGCUAUUAAUUAAGAUAUUAUGGAUUUCUUUAGUAUUUUCGUUAACUUUACAUACAAGAUCCCUGUCAGAUGUCACAGCAUGUCACAUUGCAAUUGGAAAUAUUUUUCCAAAAACAUUUGAAGUUCUUGAAAGUAUUCCACUUCCAUUUAAUGUAUUAUUAUAUUUAUAUCCCUGCAACAUUAUUCAAGUGUGUGAAUACUUUAUUAUUUAGGUUGGUCGGGGAAUUUUUUAACUUUGUUAUUGUAACAUUUGAAGGGGCCAAUGUUGCAUGGAUUUUCGAAGAAUCAACACAUAGAGUCUGAAACAGCUGAAGUCAUAAAUGAACAAUGUAAGUUCUAUACGAAUUAUACACAGUGCAGUUUCUUUUAACUCCUUAAAAAGAUGCAGCUAGGGUAUUUCCUUGGAUAAAUAAUACACAACCCUUACUACAGUAUACUGAAAUACAAGCAGUGGCAUAGCCAGCCCAAUAUCCCUGGGGUGGCAAUGCAAAUUUUUGUCGUGUUCAUUAGACAAUGAAAGCAAUCAACUUAUGAAGAAAUGAAUGUUUGCUUAAUGAUUUGAAAUUUGCUUUGCCACCCCAGAAAUAUUGGAUUGGCUAUGCCACUGACUUUAUAAGAGAACCAAACAAAAUUGAUUAUUAUAUUUAGUGUUGCUAUUAAAUUAUUAGUCACUCCUGACCAUGCAACAGUUAACUGCUAGUUGAAAUACUAUUCUUACAUUUAGUUAACAUUGACACACACUCUGACAACAAAGUUAACAGUUCUGAUGGAAAACCAGCCAAUGUCACUGAUGGACAGCCAGACAAUGUCACUGAUGGACAGCCAAACAAUGUCACUGAUGGACAACCAGCCAAUGUCACUGAUGGACAGCCAGACAAUGUCAUUGAUGGACGAGUCAGCAUUCAAGGAGGAGCAGAUGAAACCAGGAAUGUAAACAACGAUCCAUCAGAUGAUCAUGAACCGCCUGUGAAAUACACCUUGCCAUUCAAGGUUUUGGGCUCAGCGCACAACCUGAAUUACCAAAAACAUUUAGAGGCUGCAUAUAAUCUAUGGAAUUCAGGAGAGACCAGUCUGGAUGUUUUAAUGUGCCCUGAAAAGAAUAACAAGUUUGAUCCAAAGGCCAUUGCAGUUUCCUUGAAGUAUAAUUGCACUGGGUUUCACAGGGUAGGAUAUAUUGCAAAAGAACUUACACGACAUAUUCAUCCUUACCUAAAUACAGAUAAUUUAAUUGCAACAGUCAAAAGGAUUAGCUUCAGAGUGGAUUUCCUAAUGGUCGGUUAUUACCUAACAAUCAACAUUACAAAACAAGGAGAGUGGAGCCCUGAUGCUGUCCGAGCUAGUAAAAGGGUUAGAUAA